AUGGCUCGAGACCUGGCCUGUGGUCCCGGGACCUUCAAGUCGAAGCAAGGGGAAGGUCUCUGCUCACCCUGCCCCCCCAACAGCCGGACAAGCUCUGGGGCAGCGAUGCUCUGCACCUGUCGGAUCGGCUACUUCCGGGCAGACGCAGACUCUGCAGACAGUGCUUGCACCAGCGUCCCAUCCUCUCCUCUCAACGUCAUCUCCAACGUGAACGAGACGUCGCUGGCGCUGGAGUGGAGCGAACCCCGGGACUCGGGGGGCCGGGACGACCUGCUGUACAACAUCAUCUGCAAGAAGUGCACCGUGGAGCGCCGGGUGUGCACGCGCUGCGACGACAACGUGGAGUUCGUGCCCCGCCAGCUCGGCCUGACGGACCGGCACAUCUACAUCAGCAACCUGAUGGCGCACACCCAGUACACCUUCGAGAUUCAGGCUGUGAACGGCGUGUCCAGCAAGAGCCCCCACUCCCCCCAGUUCGCCUCUGUCAACAUCACCACCAACCAGGCAGCCCCCUCGGCCGUUCCCAGAAUUCAGCUGCACGGCACUACUGGCAGCAGCCUGAUGCUGUCAUGGACGCCCCCGGAGAGACCCAACGGGAUCAUCCUGGACUAUGAAAUCAAGUACUUUGAGAAGGGUGACGGCAUCGCGAACACCGUCACCAGCCAGCAGAACACGGUGCGGCUGGAUGGGCUGACGGCCAACUCCCUGUACGUAGUGCAGGUUCGGGCCCGCACUGUGGCUGGCUAUGGCCAGUACAGCCUCCCCGUGGAGUUCCAGACACCUGCAGAAGACGGCUCCAGCGGGAAGAGCUUCCAGGAGUUGCCCUUGAUCGUGGGUUCGGCCACCGCAGGCCUGGUCUUUGUCAUCGCUGUGGUGGUGAUUGCUAUUGUCUGCUUCAGGAAGCAGCGGAGCAGUACGGACUCGGAGUACACGGAGAAGCUGCAGCAGUACGUCACUCCCGGAAUGAAGGUUUACAUCGACCCCUUCACCUACGAGGACCCCAAUGAGGCGGUCCGGGAGUUUGCCAAAGAGAUCGACAUCUCCUGCGUCAAGAUCGAGGAGGUGAUUGGAGCAGGGGAGUUCGGGGAGGUCUGCCGGGGCCGCCUGAAGUUGCCGGGCCGUCGGGAGAUCUUUGUGGCCAUCAAGACCCUGAAAGUGGGUUACACGGAGAGGCAGCGGCGGGACUUCCUGAGCGAGGCCAGCAUCAUGGGGCAAUUUGACCAUCCCAACAUCAUCCACCUGGAGGGCGUGGUGACCAAGAGCCGGCCGGUCAUGAUAGUCACGGAGUUCAUGGAGAACUGCGCCCUGGACUCCUUCCUCCGGCUGAAUGACGGGCAGUUCACGGUGAUCCAGCUGGUGGGGAUGCUGCGUGGCAUCGCGGCGGGCAUGAAGUACCUGGCGGAGAUGAACUACGUGCACCGGGACCUGGCCGCCCGCAACAUCCUCGUCAACAGCAACCUGGUGUGCAAGGUGUCGGACUUCGGGCUCUCGCGCUUCUUGGAGGACGACCCCGCGGACCCCACCUACACCAGCUCGCUGGGUGGUAAGAUCCCGAUCCGGUGGACGGCUCCGGAAGCCAUAGCCUACCGCAAGUUCACCUCGGCCAGCGACGUGUGGAGUUACGGGAUCGUCAUGUGGGAGGUGAUGUCCUAUGGGGAGCGGCCCUACUGGGACAUGUCCAACCAGGACGUGAUUAACGCGGUGGAGCAGGAUUACCGCCUGCCGCCGCCCAUGGACUGCCCCACGGCGCUGCACCAGCUCAUGCUGGACUGCUGGGUGCGUGACCGCAACCUUCGGCCCAAGUUUGCACAGAUAGUGAAUACGCUGGACAAGCUCAUCCGGAACGCAGCCAGCCUGAAGGUCAUCGCCACCGUCCAGUCCGGCGUGUCCCAGCCACUCCUGGACCGCACCGUGCCGGAUUACACCACCUUCACCACCGUGGGCGACUGGCUCGACGCCAUCAAAAUGGGACGGUACAAGGAGAGCUUUGUCAACGCUGGAUUUGCAUCCUUCGACCUGGUGGCGCAGAUGACAGCAGAAGACCUGCUCAGGAUAGGGGUGACGCUCGCAGGACAUCAAAAGAAGAUCCUGAGCAGUAUUCAGGACAUGAGGCUGCAAAUGAACCAGACACUCCCAGUUCAGGUUUGACCACAGGAAAUUUUGGGACUGGAAUGGACUGAGGGAAUCUGUCGAUAAGAUUCUAGUUUGCGGUGCAGCCCGGCUUCCUGUUUUCCCCUUUGCGUGGAGCUUCUCGGCCUCUGACAGUCACACGGGAUGGGACUCGCCUCCCUGAAUCCAAGGCACUUGGGCCGAGAAGGAGACCAGCCUUGUGUUUGUGUUUGGAACGGAGCCGGCGAUGCAGUCUUCAUAUUGAAGACAGAUUAUCGGAUGAAGACUUCACCCCCUCUUCCUGCCCCAUCUCCGCUGCUCGCAGCGCCGUGGGUUCAGGAGUUGUUCCACUUCUUGGAUUUCCUUAACCCCGAAGUCGCAAACGUUCUCCUCCUGCUACGCGCCUUUUGGAGAUGCUGCGGGCGCUUUCCCAAGCUCUUGGCCUAGCGAGGGAGAGGGGGUUGUGGGGAUACAAGCAUACACAGCAGCUGCACGACCGUGAAGGGCAUGGAGCGGGGUCCAGCCUGGCCUUCUCCUGUGCAGCCCCAGACAAUCAUGUCCCCCUGCUGCCCCCAUACAGGGAUCUGCACUGGAAUGUGUCGGAAGGGAGGGUAUCAGUCCGUUUGGCUCUGGAUGCCAGAAUCUGAACCCAGUGAGAUUACUAUGCAGGGAGUUGGACAUACCAACUCCAGAUCUCUCGUCCCUCUUUGUUUUAUGGCCGAAUCUGGACUGCGGAGAAAGGCCAUCAGCGCAAGUUUGCACAGGGACCAGGGGAGCAAAGGCAGCCUUGCUCCUGCUCAGCCAGAGUUCGGAGAGGCGUCGGGGAGGCCAGGCCGAGCUGACUGAAGAGCCUGGCUUCUCCCCAGUCUCAUGUUUUAUGCAGAAGGAGCGGGUCUUGUCAGAGCGCGACCAUCUCUGCAGAGCCUCUCCUGACACCCGCUGUGAUUGCUGCCAAAAGACUCUCACUUCUGCUUCUUUGACUCUUCCCGGCCGCUCGGCUCUUCCCGAGCGAGCGGGAGAGUCCCAGCGCGAGCGUGUGUGCGUGCAUGUGUGUGCGUGUGUGCUGGCCGGCUGGGUGAGGGCACGGGCAGAAUAAAGGCAAUAAGAAUUUUACUUGAGUUUCCUUCGCUCGCUUAGUCUCUGCCGCUGUACAGAACCCAAGAGACACGGAGCACAAGCCCAUUCCUUCCUUUGUACAGGUGUAGUGCUCUCCCCCUCCUGGAGCACGGGGCACGGUCCUUCCCUGCCCCCAGCCCUGUGCUCCGGCCCCCUGGCUGUAAAUAUCACAGGGAGCUGGCAGAAGGGCUGGCUUCACUAGUAUCACCACCUUCCCUGCCAAUCAGGCGUUGCUGUCCUGCCACCUGAUGCCAUGAUGGUCAUACAGGGUCUUAGCCACUUCCUCAGCUGUGUCCACAAACCCACCAGCUUCCCCCCAGCCCUUCCUCCCCGCAAUGCUUACUAGGGAGCCUUGCCCUAUAGGAGUUCUAAGGGCAAGGAGAAGGGUACUGUCCCCUGGCCGCAUAGGGAGUGAGGGCUAGCAGGAAGUGGGGCUUGGGCUUAAGGGUCACACAGGCUUGGCCACGAAGAGCUACACGUAGGGCACUAUAUGGUGCUGGUUUCUAACCCUCUCAGCCUGAAUCGAACUGUGCAAAACAAACCUAGAGCCCAAGCCAGGCGCGACCAGCCGAGCGGGUGCAGCCAGCGGGCUGGGAGCAGAGCCUCUGUUGCCGGUGCCAGGAGCUCUGCCUGGGCCCAACCCCAAAUUUGGAGAAACCGCCCAGGCUGGCUGGGCUUGUCUGACUUUCCUGGCUGCUGAGCCAGGCCCCGUUCUAUCCUGUCUAUUGGCCACUCUUGCUGAUAGCCCUUCUAGACUGACAAAUCCCCUGGGCUCUCCCAGGGAGAGAGCUGUUAGAGACCAUCUUCCACCCACCUUUACUCUUCGCUGGAGAACUUCAGUCCUCCAG